AUUUCAAGUAUCCUAAAAGAAGAUUAAAUAAUUAACGGUAUGGAAGCGUUGCAACGAAUGAUGACGAGGCGUUUGAAUGAGCAUUCCUACAAACGAACCGCUAAGCGUUUAGUGGUUGAUGAAUAUGCAAAUGAUGUUGAUUUUAAUGAUAAAUCUGAAAAUGCUGACAUAAAGCCGGCUUGUGAUAGAUUCUACAGUGAAACGGUUCAAACAAGGAGCAAUCCAAAUGGUUCUACCACAAGUACAUCUUUUUCAGCAACAACAUGUCCAACCAUUACUUCACCGAGUUCUAUAUAUCAUAUUGAACCCACUUCUACUGUUACUGCUACGACUGUUAAUGGUGAUCAUAGCCGUACUGAUAAAUUAUUACGAAAGGUUUCACUGGCUGUGCGAAGAAAGCUAACAGGUCCAAAACCAUUUAUCCACGAACAACGCAAUUCUUGCAGGAUAAGUAGUUGUGAUAAAGGUAGCAAUCAUGAUGAUUCGAAAAGUAGUCAGAGGAUUGCUCAGAAUGAUGUGGAAAAACAAAUUAGAUUAAAAUCAGCCAGGAAAGUGAUUUAUUUGGUUGACUUGUGUGCGAUUGGUCGCAAACAUCGUAGUGAACAUCGGAAACUUCUCAGUGAAGAGAAUGGGGACGAUUAGUGAGAAGCGAAAUAUCUGCGAUCGUCCAGUACUUCAUACCUAAUAGCAGAAUAUCUCCUCGAAAUAAUCACUUUAAUUGUGUCACAUGAGCCUUUAGCUUUUACUUUACUGUUAUAACGAAUAAAUCAGCAGACAAAUCAAUCAUAUGAUUUGUCGAGCAAAAACUCUU